GAAUUCAAUUUGGAUGGGCCCUGCAGCUCUCCCUUCUCACUCCAUACGUACAGACCCUUGGAAUUCCACACGCGUGGGCGUCGUUCGUGUGGCUCUGCGGUCCCAUCUCUGGCCUUCUGGUGCAACCCCUGGUGGGCGUGUGGAGUGACUCGUGCCGCUCGCCCUGGGGCAGGAGACGGCCGUUCAUCUUCACUGGAGCACUGCUAGUCAUGGCUGCUGUGUUGAUAAUCGGCUUCAGUGCGGAUCUGGGAUACCUUCUAGGGGACGAGCUCCAUCCUCAGGGCGGUACUCGUCCCAUGGCAUGCGCUCUCUUUGUUCUUGGCUUCUGGUGUUUGGAUCUCAGUAACAACACCGUGCAGGCACCUGCCAGGGCUCUUGUCGCCGAUCUAACAGCGCCCAGCAAUCAGCUGGAAGCAGCCAACGCGUGGUACUCCUUCUGGAUGGCUGUGGGCAGUGUGAUGGGCUAUUCCACAGGCGCCAUAGGCCAAUGGUACAUAUGGUUCCCUGUCCUCACCAGCGAUGCCUGUGGGGAGCCCUGUGCCAACCUCAAGGCCGCCUUCCUGCUAGCCAUUGUGGUGCUAUCCGUGUGCACAGCCAUCACCAUGCGGUCAGCAAAGGAGCAGCCACUCACGCCCAUCCCCUCCCCCGCCACCUCGCCCACCCUCUCCCUCACCUCCAUACACCACUCCUCUCUCCCGUCCGAUAUCAACGAAUCAGAACCUGCUACUGGGGUCCGUGGGGGCAGUGGGGGCAGUGGGGGCAGCGGAGGCGGUGGCAGCAAGAGGGUUAGCAAUGGGGUGGGUUCUGGCUAUAAGGGCAGUGCCGGUGCUUCUUCUAGUGCCUCUGUUGGUGCCGCUGCUGGUGCUGCUGGUGCUGCUGGUGCUGCUGUUGGCUCUAGCUCCCAGGCAGUAGCAGUUGAGACUGGAGAGGCAGCUAUUGUGAGAGGGACUGAAGCAGAUCACUUCACCACCGUUGAUCUAAACUCGUAUCCUAACUCUCCGGGAUCCCUUGACCCUGCUGAUCUUGCACCCGUCUCUGCUUCUGCCACUGCCACUGCUGCUUCUGUGGCUGCUGUUGCUGCUGUUGCUGCUGAUUACGAUGCUGAUUCAGCCUCUGGUCGAACCACCGGCGCCACCACGGCCACUGCCGAAGAGCCUGUAAUAGAAGAAUACAUUGGGAGUGUUUCUUUGAACCGGAGCACUAACAGGGGUUUGAACAGGAGUGGUAACAGGAGCUUGAGUUGGAACAGAGGUGGUGGUGGUGGUGGUGGUGGGGAGGGGAGGGAUGGGGAUGAGGGGGUGAUAAGCGAGGGGGGGAGUGGGGGCAGGGGUAUGGCAUGGCAGGGUGUGAGGCAGAGGAAUCACAGUGGGAGCAGCGAGGGUUACGGGAGUGACAGUAGCAUGACUGGCAACAGCAGCAGUGGUGGUGGCGGUGGUGGUGGCGGCAGCAGGGGCGGUAACACCACUGCCAGCACCAGCAGCAGCAGCAGCAGCAGCAACAGCACAACCGCCCUCCCCACCACCACCACCACCACUGCUCCUGCCACCAGCCCUCAUCCUUCCACUACUACUCUCGCUCCCACUCUCGACUCAAAACGAGAUGCCGCAUCGGGAGGGGUUCUGAGCUCCUUAGCUGCUCUAUCCUCUGUGCGGAUGGAUGGGGAGGGGAAUGGUGGGAUUGGCGAUGGUGUGGGUGGUGGGGGAGGUUCAAGCAUGAGGAACGGUGAUGGUGGCAGUGCUGCUGCUGCUGCUGCUCCUGCUGUUGAUGGUGGCAGUGGCAGUGGUGGUAGCAGCGGUGGUGGUGGUGGUGUGGCCUCAGUGGUAGUGGAUCUGCUGGUUGGCAUUCGCCUCAUGCCCAAGUCCAUGCGCCUGGUGCUAUCUGUCAUGGCCCUCACAUGGAUGGCAUGGUUCCCGUUCUUCCUAUUCGACACGGACUGGAUGGGCAGGGAGGUUUACCGAGGCGAGCCCAGCAGUGCCGAUCCUGCAGCGGUGGUUCGGUACCAAGCCGGCGUCAGGGACGGCGCCCUCGGCCUCCUCCUCUUUGCUGUGGUGCAAGCACUCACGGCCUUCUCUCUCGACCCCAUCUGCAUCCGCUUUGGUCCAGCCCUGGUGUGGGCAGCAGGCAACCUACUUCUCGCCACCUCCCUCCUCUCCACCUGGCUCGUCACAGCCGCAGCAGACAACGCCGCCGCUGCCGCCGCUGCAGCUGCUGCCGCUGCUGCUAGCGUUGCCGAAGCAGCAGCAGCGGCAGCGGCGGCAGCAGCGGCGGCAGCAGGAGCGAAUAUGACAGGAGCACCUGCACCUGCGCCGGGAGUAGGAGGAGCAGGAGGGGGUAUGCUAGUGGGAGAUGGUGUGGGGUGGCAAGAGCCGUCCGCUACUCUUCGUGCGGCUGCUCUCUCUGUCUUUGCUCUUGCUGGAGCCUCCUUUGCUAUUACAGGAGUGGUGCCAUAUUCGAUCACAGCAGACCAGACCGCAGGCAGCGGGGCAGGGCAAGGUCUCUCAAUGGGUAUCCUCAAUCUUGCCAUUGUGUGCCCUCAGAUCCUAGUCUCCCUGGGAGCGGGCCCCUGGGAUGCUCUUUUCGGAGGCGGCAACGUGCCCGCAUUCGUGCUGGGGGCGCUCUUUGCCGUGUCUGCCGCUGUGCUCUCAGCAGCCCGCCUCUCCAAGCUCCCUCGCUCCACCGCCUCGUCUGGCCUUCGAAGAGAGCUGCCCAUGCACUGA